AUGCCUGGGUCCCCAGUGGGCUGUGCCUCAGUUUCCCCUUCCGCCGUGGUGCCUUGUGGGGGGCCGGGGGGAGGGACGGGACCCGCCACUUCCUGCCACUCGGCCUUGCAUGGGGGUGCCGAGGGGGAGGGGGCUGCCACCAUGGACCCCCAUCACCUCCACAUCUCCACCCAGGACCCCCAGGAAGAUUUUGAGGUCCUGCAGCGCCUGGGCAGCGGCACCUACGGGGAGGUCUAUAAGGCCCGCAGCAAAGGCACGGGUGAGCUGGCCGCCAUCAAGGUUGUCAAGAUGGAGGCAGACGAUGACUGUGCCACGCUGCAGCAGGAGAUCCUGAUGGUCCGCUCCUGCCAGCACCCCAACAUCAUCGCCUACUUUGGCAGCUACAGCUGGUGCAACAAGCUGUGGAUCUGCAUGGAGCUGUGUGGGGGGGCUCUGCAGGACAUCUACCACGUGACAGGACCCCUCUCGGAGCCACAGAUCGCUUAUGUCUGCAGGGAGACCCUGGAGGGGCUCUCCUACCUGCACUCCCAGGGCAAGAUCCACCGGGACAUCAAGGGAGCCAAUAUCCUCAUCAAUGACAGUGGGGAGGUGAAGCUAGCCGACUUUGGGAUUGCGGCGCAGAUCACUGCGACCUUCGCCAGACGGAUGUCCUUCAUCGGCACCCCAUACUGGAUGGCCCCCGAGGUGGCGGCGGUGGAGCUGAAGGGGGGGUACAACGAGCUCUGCGACAUCUGGUCGGUGGGCAUCACCGCCGUGGAGCUGGCUGAGCUGCAGCCCCCCAUGUUCGAUGUGCACCCCCUGCGGGUGCUGUUCCUGAUGUCCAAGAGCGGGUACCAUCCCCCCAAGCUGAAGGACAAGGCCAAGUGGAACGAGCAGACAGGGUGUCACUACCUGUGCGGGGCACUGGACGCCAGCGUGGUGCUGCUGCAGUGGUACCAGCCCCUGCAGAAGUUCAUGAUGGUCAAGCACUUUGACUUCCCGCUGCCGUCGCCGCUGCGGGUGUUCGAGCUGCUGGUGACCCCCGGGGAGGAGUUCCCCAGCGUCUGCAUCGGGGUCAGCCCCGGCCCCUCGCCUGCCCACCCUGUCCUCUUCCACACCAUCAACCUCAACUCCCUCACCUCCUGGUUCGCCCACACUGGCUCCGAGCCCUCCUGCCCCGGCCCCGUGCAGGUGACGCAGCUGGACAGCGAGACCGUGCUGGUCCUGCUGGACCGGAGUGUGAAGCUGGUGACACUGCAGGGAGCCCCUGCCCAGGGGCUGGCGGCCCCCGACAUCCCCUUUGAUGUGGCCGUGGAGGCCGUGGCACUGGUCCGCGGCUGUGUCCAGGCCUUCUGGCGCCACGGGAUGCAGGUGUGGCAGGUGGGCUCUGCACAGCUGAUCGAGGAGCUGCGGGACCAGCGCUGGACCUUCCGCCUGCUCAGCUCCCACAGCACCCUGGUCCUGGAGACGCGCCCCGCCGAUGAGGCUAAUGCUUACAGCAACCUCUACAUCCAGGCGUGACCCCCCCGGAACAGGGGGGGACCCCCACGGGGCUGGGGGGGGGGGCAGGGAGGCUGAGCUGGGCCCCGCCCAGCCAGAUCAGCACCCAUGGGUGGGCUGUGCCCCCUCCCCCCCAGCAUCUCCCUCCUUUUGCUGACAUUUGUAAUUAGUUGCACCCCAAAAAAAACCCUGAAG